AUGACAGCUAAUUCUUCACCAACCAAGAAACGUGGCAAAGCCCUUGAUGUCUUGGAAAAGCAUAUCUCGCAACAAAACAAAAAACCCAAGAACAAUCAAUACGGUGCAUUAUUAUCGAUGUUUCAGACCAUUACAGAUUCCAUUAAAUUGCCUGCACCUGUUUCACAGCCUAGGCCACGCAUGAUAUCGUCCUCACCACCAAGAAGAGUCGAACAGCCCUUCGGAAGCCGACAACAUCCCACCUCUAAAUCCCCCGAGCCCCCAUCACAGCGUUCGUCGCCAAAAAAAAGCGUCGCGUUUUCUGACCAAAUCGACUCUUCUCCGCCACCUGCAUCAUUGCAUUCAAGCCCACACCGCUCGUCUCAAGCUGUGCCCAGCAAGCCGAUUUUGAAGUUUACUCUGCCUCUUGCAAGAACGCCAAGUCCUAGGAGAAAGAAUAACCAACCGGGUUUUAACGACAAACUAACAAUUGAUCAGCGAGAAAACGACAGCAGUGAAGAUCCAAUGUCACUUAGCUACUGGGUGAGCGGCGAGGUUCAUGGCCUGGGAGACAUAAAAAGUAUAUCAGAGUUCAAAGAUGUCUUAACAGGCGGACUCUAUUUCCUAUCUUCAGAUAUACCAGAAGCAAAAAAGCGAUACUUCGAAAUCUAUGCGACUUUUAAUAACAUUAUGCCCAUCUUUACAUCUCCCAACUACUCAGAAGUUAAGGAUAAAAAAGUCCAGAUCCUUGCGCAAAAUAUGAACGUAAUUCUGGCCACAUGCAUACCGCACCUAAUAAGUAUCCAAGCAGAGCUAUUGAGCUCGCUUAAAAAAGACCCCUUUACCUCCCGAAUAUAUGUACAGAUUGUCAGAUUUUUCAACGCGCUAUUUUCAAACUUCAAACUCGUUAAAAUCUGCGAAAACAACCAAAGUUUCCAGACUGCCCUCCACAAAGUUGUUGAAAGCUUUACUGAAGCUAUUCAACACCCAAAUUCCAAUAAAGUUAUGGUGACAGCUCAACUAGCGCUUUUGAGGGACGAACAAUGUGGGAUCAAACGGCUUACACCACUUAAGGUCCAAAGUUUCGUGAAAUCCUUGGCUAACAUGAAAAAGAUUAGCAGUUCAAAUCUAACCUGUGAGAAGCUUCUUUUACUGAAGAUAUUUCUGGCAAAAUACCCUGAAGUCAUGUUCGAAACUAUUGACAUUUGGCUACAAGCAGAAGUGUUAUCGAGACUGUUAAUCGAGGAGGAGUUUUAUUCUCUGAAAAUUGCAAAUAAUUGCGUUAGCAUUUUACUUGACCUUCUCAAAAGAUGUUUAACGGAUCGUGACAAUCAUCAAGUACUUGAAGUGCUCAAACAAACAACUACAAAAGAAUUAUUCUCUGUCAAUUGCGAAGGAAAUAAAACCCUCGCACACUUACAAACAAAGGAAGAUAAUUUAGAAACGCUUUUGAGAAAGCGUGUCAUAUAUCUGAUCGAGGAAAAAGAUGAACCAAAGCUUGCAAUGGAUUUGUGGCUAGCGAUGGUGGGACUGCUUUUCAAUUCAGCAGGCGAAGUAAGUUCUCUUUGUUCAGAUAGAGGCAAAUUAUGGUUAGAUUUGAACCUUCGAUACCAGAAUAAUAGCAACCCAAAAGCCAAAAAACUAGCCUUGAGAUCAUGGAGGAUAGUGACAUAUAUGAUAUGUUCUAAAAGAUUGGCAGACAUAGGCGAAAGCCAGAAGUUGGUUGCGGUUCUUCUGGACCCGUUUUCUUAUUUGAGCAAAGACUAUUAUAAAGAUCCGGACUACGAGAGCUUGAUUUACGUCUUAAACGGGCUUCUUUACUCAACUCUUUGUAACCAUCACAAAGAUCAGUUCACUUACAACCUGGAGUUUAUUUUAAGCCCCUUCAUAAACGAGAUAUUGAUGGGUCAAAAAUCUUUAAAAAUUCGCAAAGUUGCGUUAGAGGUUCUGUUGAGAGUGGUGAACCAGUCGCCCGGAGGUCCAACUCCAAAAAAAGAGUUCAAUGCAUUAAAAGUUGUCACGUCCUCAGGCGUCGAAGCGGCUGACUUCAUCCCCUUCUCCUCACCGCUUCUCAGUAGGAACUGGCACGCCCUCAUGUCUAUAGUCCAAAAAUGCAAACAGACCUCCCCUCCAGAGACCUAUGAUCUGUCAUUUACACUACUCUUAGCUGUAAUCGAAAGGAUUCCUCAAAGGGCCAUUGAUGGCACAACGAGAGACAACUGCUCCGCAACCCUCCUACCUGGGACAGAAGACUCGGAACAAAAGCCACGGUCGAGGAUGACGGACGCUCUCGCUUCAUUGAUGCGAACGUUUAAGGACCUGAUGUGCGAACCGAGCCCCAUCAUCAAUAAGCUUUGCAUGGAAAUUGCUACUGCAAUUAAAAACGGCGAAAUAGAUUGCACCGAUAUGUUAAAAACCGUAUUGAAAGAAACAAGCAAUAGCAUUUCUUACCUCGAAGUUUACAGUUUCUUCCUUCGCUUAAAAGACACUCGCAUUGAUGAUUUCAUUUACAAUUCUAUCAGCUCCAAGAUACUCUCUCCUAAGAUAUCCGCGCAUGCCUUCGAAGCUUUUAUUGAUAUUGUCAAUUCUUAUUCAUCAACAGAAAUCAUACAAGCAUUUUUGGAUACUUCAGAAAAAGGAAGUUUUGACCUGUGGAAAGCCUCUAAACUGGAUACAUCCCGUUGGGACUUUGGUUGUACAGUCCGAUACUUUACAAUGCGCUUUCAGCGCGAGGACCUCAAGGUGGAUGAUGAGUUUGUUUCCCAAUUCUCUAGUGCUCUCACCCAGCAUAGUCGUUUAGCCGAAGAACUUCGCAAAAGCUUAGGUGUGGACCGUUAUGCCAAAUCUGUUGUUAAAUUUUUAAAACAAGAAAAGCGCACUGACUCUUACGGUCUCGAUAGUCAGUGGAAACUCUCUAUGAUAUCAUGUUUUUCCAUGGACGACUACCUCGAAAUGCUCAAAUUCGCCGCAGACUUGAGAGAAGACGUACAACUACUUUUGAUCAAUGGGGCUCAAAACAAUGACGAAUCCCUUCACCUUUCCCUUAGGUUCAUUCAAUUGUUGAUUUCCAGUGAAAAGCAAAUCGUUGAUGACAUCAAAAACGGAUGUGACAGAGCUUUAUAUGAAUUGUUAGAAAAAUGCUACCAAAAAAAGCUUUUGUGCCUUCUCAAUCAAUGUGUCCUUUUUAUUAUAGAGAAUGAUGCUUAUUAUCUCGUCGAGAAGUUUUGGGCUACGUGUGGCCCAGACUUUCUAAAUUUGCUUGAAAAUUCGACAUUGGCGACCAUUAUGAACCAAGUGGCUUCGAAAAACGAGGUCGUCAUAAACAUCUUCAAUUUUGUUUUUGAACAGAAACCUACAGACUACGUGCUGGGGCUGAUGGAAAAUGUUUUGGCUCAAGACCAACUGCCCACACUCAACUGUUGCCGAGAGAAAAUUAUAAAUUUUUUGGUUAGAGAAGGCAUUCGUUCUAAUGAAGGAGGCCGAAAGAAAGUGCUGGCCAUUUUUGAAAGGGCUUCUGAGGUCUUGAUUUUCCAGCAUAAAAGGCUGCUAGCUGAGUUUAUGCGGUCAUUAAUUUCAAAAUUACCGGCCGAGAAAGGAGAAUUUGUGUAUGAUCUACUGUCCUUCAUUUGCAAGGAUGAAAGGUUCAAACUAAAGGGCUAUGAUAAUCUUCUUGUGAAGAUAAAUCAUGGGCUACCUUUAGCUUCUGAUACCUUCCAGAGUGAGAAGAAACGCGAAACACAACGAUACAAGUUUCACUCGGCUCCGCAAACCCCGCCGAAUAAAACUUCCAGCGUUAGUGAAGCUGCAGCUUAUUCUCUUAACCAGUUACCACAAAAAGUUGUGGAGAUGAGAGAAACCAGCCCGAGCGAUGCUACUUUUCCUAGUUGCCGAGAACUUUCUUCAAAUUUGAAUCAACAGCGAAAAUUAAAGGAAUCUGCUGCUGCCAGCGAAACAAAAACUUUACAUGCUUUAGGCACUGUCCUCAAUGAUCAAAAACACAUGGAUACUAGUGACGAAGAUCAGUCUUGUCGUGAAAAAAAGCGCAUUCCUGGACCCAAUAACGGCGAUAAAGCUCUCAGAUCCAUUACGCCUCCCGAGGAAACAGUUUGUUCAUCGAAAGAUGAUGGCCUUACUCCGCGCAACAAUGAGAAGGGUGGGCAAGACCCUACCCACAAGUUAACUGAAAUCUCGCAAAAAAAACAGAUUAUUGUUUCAGAAGUUGCUCAGAGCAAACUGCAGGCCUCGCGUGGCGCUGAGGCGCUGUCUGAGAAGUCCACUACUAAAGGUCAGAUAAAACAAAAUGUAAAGAGCCAAGGCGUGUCGUUAAAUGAUGAAGUUGAAACUGUUGCCGUGCCAAGUCCACCAAAAAAGCAUGAAAGCAGCACAACAGAUGCAGCUGCACAAAUUGCCUGUAGCAAGCUUCAUGAAAAUGCCCAAAAGACCCAUCACGGUGAUGAGGUUCAUGAGAAGAGGUCUUGUUUUGAAGAAACACAACCCAAAGCGGCAAGCGCUUCAGCUCUUCACAAUGAAAACAGCCAAAUUUCUGAUGGUGAAAAAAGAACAUCUGUUGAUAGCAAGGUUGGAUCUUUGGUGAUUGAGCAGUCUCUCAUGAACGAAACCCUGAUGAAUAGGGAAGGCUUCAGUCGCGGGACCGACUUAAGCAACGCAAUCGGCAUCAAAAGCACAUUCUCAAACGUGGAAUCUCUCGCUAAGAUUCCAAUUUUCAACUCCCGAAAAUUAAUAUCCAAAAACAAGCAGCCUGUAACUUGCGAAAAUAAAUCAAACGAGGGUGUGACGGCCAACAAAAGUUCCAAAGAACUUCCGGGGAAAUUGGAAGAUUUUGAAACAAUAAAAAGGAAGAAUCUACAUGGCUCUGUGUACUCAGCGUGCGAAGACAAAAAACUCAAGGUCAUACUACAAAUAAUGAAAGAGUUUGGUGUGAACGAGUUUAGUCAGCUUUCUGACGUCCAAAAACAAUUUGUUAAACAGGAAAUGAUAAAAUUCUUAUCAAAAUCGAACGCGAGCUAA